CCGGCUGCUGCUGCGUGCUGUUUGAAAGCAGUAGAACGAAAAAUGGCUGUUUCGGCGGUGCUUCGACGAUUUCUCGGGCAAAAUGCUCUUGAUCUUACGAGGUUCACCGCACCUGCCUCCUGUCAAAUCCAGCAGAACCGCGAUUACUGGAAGCCCAUUAACGUUCCAAAGCCCGGAAUCAACGGAAAAAGCUACCGAAGGAUCGUUCACUUCAAGGAUAAAUACACUGUUGAGCCUUUGGAGGUUACGAAUCUCGGUGGCAGAGAUCCAGUCACUGGUCGCCUAGUGUGCAUAGGAAUUGGUGGUGGAAUAAAGCACAAGUAUCACUGGAUCAAGUGGAUUAGAGAUGGACCAACGGAUCUCAAAGUGCCGCCAAAGGAAGAGAAAGUUUUGAAAAUCCUCGAAGAUGGUUGUCGCACAGCCCGCAUAGCUCUGGUAGGAACUGGGUCAGAAUUGAAAUACAUUCUUUCUACCAUCAAUAUGAAAGAAGGAGAUAUCCUCAGAACUCAUAAAGGAAUACCACGUAUACCUGUCCUGCCAAACGAAGGAGAUGCAUACCCGCUUGGAGCUCUACCUGUGGACACAAUUGUUCAUUGUGUUGAGAAAUACCCCGGUUACGGUGGUGUUCUAAUUCACGCAGCUGGUACCUUUGGCACCAUCACAAGGAAGGUUGGAACCAGGGUCAUUGUUAAAGUGCCCAGCAAGAGGGAGUUCAGUCUUGACCAGUACUGCAUGGCAACGGUUGGUCGAUUGUCAAAUGAAAUGCACGGUUCUACACCUGUUGGAAGUGCCCAAAGGAAUCGAGAGUUGGGUAACAGGCCAAGAAGUGGUUUAUGGCAUCGAAAAACUGGUAAACACGGGCGUAAAAUUAAACCACUACCUCCUGUUAGAGAAUACAAUGUUGGAUUUGCAGAGAAUAAAGGCACCAUUCAGCUAACACUAAACGGUUUCUAAGAUGUAGCUAACUCUGAGUGGCUCAAGGUGUGUAAAUAGGAGUAACAUAUUACUUUGAUUACUUCGUAAUUUUAUUAUUAUUAAGAACACUAAUGAAAAUGAAUAAAACACUCUCUACUCUAAAAA